UGCUGAUUUACUUUUUCUUGAUUCAUGAGCAGCAGUACUUUCAAGAUUAGCUCAAGAUCAUUCAAAAUUCUUGUCGGCCGUUCCCUCGUCGAAAUCAUAAACUUGGAUUCUUUAUGCCAGUUGGCAUGUAAAGACUAGAAAUGGUUGUGUCAAUCGACGAAAUUGUGGAAAAAGGUUCAAAACUUCAGAAUCCAAGCCAACCGGCGAAACUGGGAUAUUUUGAAUCUCUAAAAAAUAAUGAAAAUGCGGAUAACGUCUUUGUGCUCGUCGUGCACUACGACUUCAAAGGUGGUAAAAAUGAUUGGCCACGACCUGGUGACGAGCUUGACGUACAGAAUCUGAGAAAAACGUUUGAGGAGGACAGAAAAUGCAGAUUUCGCGAGUGUUCACCGAAAAAGGAGGACCUGCUUGCUUUGCUUCAAGACGAAAAAAAACUGAAAAAUUAUUUUGGUGCUAAUCAAAACUUAGAGCUGGCGAUUUUCUUUAUGAUCGUUUUGUCCCACGGUGCAGAGUGCGGAGUUAUUUACACGGACCAUUUUCAUAGCUUCGACUCGAAAGUUUACGAAACUUUCACCACAAAGGAACUCUUCACCUCUUUCGGGCAAGUGUUCCGAAAUUCUCUUAAGCUGGUGUUUCUAGGGAAAUAUAAGCCUUGCAGAGGACAACAAGAAGACAGUGUUUUUCAUCCUGGUCAAGCCAGUGAUCUUACAAUAAACCAAAACUCGAGCAGAGUUUCCUUUGAGCCAAAGAUGCGCAACCUCAUCAUCUUCUAUUCAACUGUUGAAACAACAAGAUCAUGCAGGGACAAAAGAACAGGCACUUGGCUUGUCGCAGGUUUGUGCGAAGAAUUGAAUAAUAUGAAGCAGAACAAGAGUGUUGUAAAAGUUCUGACUGGAGUCCAGAACAGAAUUCACCAAGAGACGACUGGUCCGUUUAGGUUGAGUGGCCAGACGCCGGAACUUAAAAUUUUCUCCUGCGACAGGAAAUUCAUUUUUCAACAUCCAUAUACAAAUAAUACCGUGGCUCGAAGUCCUUCAAACCUUGGAACGGACGCCCAAGGCAAAGAGGGAAGCCCAGAGGAGGAUAAGCAGAGGUCGAUUACCUUUGAGUGGUGGAAUUCACAAACAAACAAUGUCCUUAGAGGCAGAAGAGCAGUGAUUUUCCACCAAUGGGAAAAAAACGAAUAUUUAAGAAAACUGGAAGCUGCUCUGGUUACGAAUCUCGGCUUUGAAACUAUCAAUGCAAAAAUUGAUGCAGCAGGACUUGAAUACUACUUCAAAAAAUCAGAAAAAUCUUGGACUGAUUACGGGUGUUUCGCUGUCUUUUUCUUUGCCGAGAUAGCUGAGGGAGACGAACAAGUUUGCAUUAGUUUGAAUGAAAACGAUAAAGUUCCAAUCGGCAAGUUGAUCUUCGGAUUGCUGGGGCCGAAAAUCGAAGACUGGAUUGGAAAACCAAAACUUUUCUUCCUUAUUGAUACUAAAUCCACGGAUGCGGAUAGUGCAGGAACUUCAAUGCCCAGAUUUAGUGAUUUUCUGAGAGCAACCAAUUACAGUGGUUGGCUUGUAUUCAUCCUUCAAAAUACAAAUUUAAACGAAAACUUUCUCGAGAUCUUCCAGAGCCACGAAAUUAAGCACGAGAAAAGCCUUCAAGAUAGCCUCUAUGAACUAAUAACAGAAUUAAAAAAGGGCGCAUCAUAUCAAUCAUAUGGAACCGAAGCGAUGAUGGUUUCAACAUUGCCUCACAUGAUUUGUUUCCAAGACUUAACGCAAAAUUUUAUUCAGCCAAGAUUCAAUGUAGUAGGAAAGGGAUUCGAAAACAUGAGAUAUGUGGAUUGGGAAUAUUUAUUGGAAUCAAAACAAAUUAAAGAAGAGGAAUGUAUCUGGCUCAUAACUUCACUUCCAGGAUCUGGAAAGUCGACGGUAAUGCGCGAGUUGGCUUUUGAACUGCAAAGAAGGUUGAAAGGCGAAGUAAAAGUAUACCUGGUUGUUCUUUUCAAUCUUUACGAACAUUUCCCUGCUAAAAACAAUGGAAAAAUUUCCCUUGCUUCUAUUGUUUCCUACGCGACUGGAACCCGAGAGUUGGAAAUUCAAAAUCUCAUAGAGCAGAAGAAAAUAAUGUUGAUAUUUGACGGUUUUGAUGAAAUUUGUCCCUAUUACCGAGAUCAGGUGCUUCAAGUUUUAGUUGAGGCGGCGAAAGAAAGAUUGCCUAUUUGGAUUUCCACGCGACCGCACGAGGAAAAUGCAAUUCAUUUAAAGCUCAGAAAAGGAAACGAAUUUCGCAAAGUACAAAUUAUGCCUUUUGACGAUGAGCAACAAAUCGGGUAUUUACGCAUGAUUUCAAAACAAUCUUAUGAUGAAUGCAGACGUCAGAUCGAUUUCUUCAGAGAAAAUGGAUCAAAAGAUAUUCUGGAAAACCCUCUUCACUUAAAAAUGAUCGCUGAACUCAGUGAUUUUGCAAAUGAAUCAAAGCUAAAUCUGUACGAAAUCUACGAAAAAAUUGUCGAAAAAAAGCUUCAGUUUGCGCUAAGUAUAGAAUUUACUGGUAUUAAAUUGGAGGCAGAAAAAAUUUCAGCCAGAAAGGAACUAAAACGUUUUGCUGUCAAAUAUUUAUGCGACGGCAAAAGUGGAAUUUUGAAAUAUCCUAAAAAUGGAAUAGCAACUGUCACCAACAAACGCACCCAGUUCGUUCAUCAAACAUUCGCAGAAUUCCUCGCAGCUACGCAUUUCAUCGAUUGUUUAUUCUGUGAAGACGAAAAAAUGCCCUUCGAUAUUUUGAAAGAAGGAUUCCAUCAAGUGCGCAAAUUUGUCAACUUGAAUAUUUCCUCAAGUUGUGACGAAAGAACAAUUUUAUUAAUAUCAUUGGAAAAAUACUUGAAAAAAAGUUUAACAAAAUCAAGUCUCGAAAAAGUUAUCCUCAAAGAAUUUCUAGAUAAUUUUUCCAUCGUCGCAGCUAAUCUGGUUACUUUCAAUUCAACGAAUGAAGCAAAUGAAUUAAAUUACGUUACAUCCGACGAUAUUUUGGCGUUGGCUAGCAAAAAUGACGAAAACUUUGUUUUGCGUCUUUUAUAUAAAGGUGCAUACGAAAAGUUGGCAGAUCCAAAAUCUACUGCAGUAAAAAUGCUCGCAGGUGCAAUCGAAAAUAAUUUUGUGCUUCUAUUUUCAAAAAUAGAAGGAAAAUGUGCCAAUCUGAUGGAGUUGGUGGAGAGAAAUGCAACAUUGAAAUGUGCCGUGCUUGUAGCGGCUAAAAGAAACCAUCACAAACUUUUGCAGUUGGUGCUCGAAAAAGGAAUUAUUGAUGCAAUUGAUCAGGAUACUUUACAAGGGGCACUGAAAAUUGCUGUAAAAGAGAACAGUACCAAGUGCGUUGAGCUUCUUAUUGAACAUGGUGCUCGGACUGUUGACCUAAAUACUUUUACAUGGGAUUUAAACAUCGAGACGACGGAAGCACUGCUCAAGACAAAGGAUGAGCCGUUGUUAAAAUUAGCGUCAAAAAUUUUCAAUCGUUCCCUAGAUACAUACAAUGCUGAAUUGGCAAAAUAUUUGUUCCAAAAAUUUGAUGUUUCUGAAAAUGCGGAUUUUGAAGUGAGCAUCUGGGCCUUGCUUAGUGUAGCAAGAUGGGAUGAAUUUCAUCACAACACAGCUGAGAUGUUGUGUCGCUCACUUGUUGAAAAACGUCGAUUGCAAGUACGUGUAAAGAACAUAUAUGGAUGGAAUGCUUUUCAUUUUGCAGCCAGCGCAGGAAAUUUGGGGUUGGUCAAAUUUUUCCUCGAAAAAGACCCUGUGUUGACCGAAACCUUAUCGCAUAAAGGGGAAAACACCAUGCAUUACGUAUUCACGAGUCACUUUGUCGCUGAUCCAGUAAGAAAAUUUGAAAUGAGCAAGUUUCUCCUUCAUCGUGAUGCUAAAAUGAUCAAGCAAAAAACUGCAGAAAACAAAACUAUGCUCCAUUUGACAGCGGCAGAAGGAAACUUUGAUAUGUGCAAAUGGCUAGUGGAAGAAAUAGGCCUUGAAGUGAACGCCGUGGACGACGAUGGAUGGAACGCUAUGCACUGCGCUGUUUCUAAUCAUAACAUGAAACUCGAACACUUGGAAUAUUUUCAUGGCCUGAAUGAAGAUCUGGUCAAACAAAAAACGAAAACGAAUAAAACUGUGCUCCAUUUGGCCGCGAUAUUAGGAAACCUUAUUCUGUGCAAAUGGCUGGUGGAAGAAAUAGAACUAGAGGCGGACACCGUGGACGAUGAUGGAUGGAACGCAAUGCACUACGUUGCUUCUAAUCAUAACGAUAAACUUGAACUCUUGCAAUAUUUCCAUGGUUUGAAUGCAGAUUUGGUCAAACAAAAAACGAAAACAAAUAUAACGAUGUUGCAUUUGGCAUCCGCAAGCGGAAAACUCGAUAAGUGCAAAUGGCUGGUGGAUGCAAUAGGACUGGAGUUGGACGCCGUGGAUGAUCAUGGAUUGAACGCAAUGCAUUGCGCUGCUUAUAGUUUUAAUGAUCUUGAAGUUCUUGAAAUCAUGAAUUAUUUUCAUAACCUCAAUGCAGAUUUAAUGAAACAAAAAACAAAAAUGAAUGAAACAGUGCUGCAUUUUGCUGCGAGAACAGGAAAAAUUGAUGCGUGCAAAUGGCUAAUUGAAGAAAAAAGCCUAGAGAUAGACGCUGUGAACAAAAAUGGAUGGAACGCUAUGCACUUUGCUGCUUCAUCUUAUCAGUCAGUUGAACUUGAAUUCUUGGAAUAUUUGCAUGGUUUGAGUAAAGAUUUGGUGAAAGUAAAAACGAAAGAGAAUGAAACAGUGCUGCAUUUUGCCGCGAGAACAGGAAAUUUUGACGCGUGUAAAUGGCUAGUUGAAGAAAUAGGCCUUGAGGUGUGUGCUGUGGACAACCAUGGAUGGAACGUCAUGCACUUUGUUGCUUCUUCCUCAUUUGUGGAACUUGAAAUCUUGGAAUAUUUGCACGGCCUAAAUGCAGAUUUGGUCAAACAAAAAACGAUAAAGAAUGAAACAGUCCUGCAUUUUUCCGCGAAGGAAGGAAAACUUGUUAUGUGCAAAUGGCUGGUGGAAGAAAUAGGACUAGAGGUGGACACCGUGGACGACGAUGGAUGGAACGCUAUGCACUGCGCUGCUUAUUAUUCGUUGUUUGAAUCUGAACUUAUGGAAUAUUUGUAUGGCCUGAAGAGAGUUAUGGUGAAACAAAAAACAAAAACGAAUAAAACAGUGUUGCAUGUUGCGAUGGAAACAGGAAGACUUGGUGCGCGCGAGUGCAAAUGGCUAGUGGAAGAAAUGGGCCUAGAAGUGGACACAGUGGAUAAGGCUGGCUGGAACGCUAUGCACUUUGCUGCAUCAUCUUAUCGGUCAAUUGAACUUGAACUCUUGAAAUAUUUGCAUAGUCUGAGAGGAGAUAUGGUGAAAAUAAAAACGAAAACGAAUGAAACAGUGCUGCAUUUUGCCGUGAGGACAGGAAAACUUGAUGCUUGCAAAUGGCUAGUGGAAAUAAUAGGCUUAGAGCUAGAAGCUGUGGACGACCGUGGAUGGAAUAUAAUGCACUUUGCAGCUUCAAGUUCUAAUCAUAACAAUGAACUUGAAGGUUUUGAAGUGUUGGAAUAUUUGCAUAGCCUGAAUGCAAAUUUGGUCAAACAAAAAACGAAAAUGAAUGAAACUGUCUUGCAUUUUUCCGCGAAGGAAGGAAAACUUGUUGUGUGUAAAUGGCUGGUGGAAGAAAAAGGACUAGAGGUGGACACCGUGGAUGACGAUGGAUGGAACGCUAUGCACUACGCUGCUUCUAAUCAUAUCGAUAAUCUUGAACUAGUGGAGUAUUUGCAUGCCCUGAAUGCCGAUUUAGUAAAAACAAAUACGAAAUCAAAUGAAACAAAGCUUCAUUUGGCUGCGAAGGAGGGGAAAAUUAUUAUGUGCAAAUGGCUAGUGGAAGAAAUAGGACUGGAGGUUGAAAACGUGGAUGAAAAUGGAUGGAACGCUUUGCACUGCGCUACUUCUAAUCAUAUCGAUGAACUUGAGCUCGUGGAAUAUUUGCAUGGUGUAAAUGCAGAUUUGGUCCAACAAAAAACAAAAACGAAUGAAACUGUGCUGCAUUUGGCCGCGAAAGUAGGUAAACUUAUAACGUGCAGAUGGCUGGUGGAACUAAUAGGACAAGAGGUGGACGCCGUGGACGACGAUGGAUGGAACGCUAUGCACUGCGCUGUUUCUAAUCGUAACGAUAAACUUGAGCUCGUGGAAUAUUUGCAUGGUUUGAAGGCAGAUUUGGUCAAACAAAAAACAAAAACGAAUGAAAAUGUGCUUCAUUUGGCUGCGAAAGAGGGGAAACUUAUUAUGUGCAAAUGGCUAGUGGAAGAAAUAGGACUAGAGGUUGCAAACGUGGAUGAAAAUGGAUGGAACGCUAUGCACUGCGCUGCUUCUAAUCGUAACGAUAAACUUGAGCUCGUGGAAUACUUGCAUGGUUUGAAGGCAGAUUUAGUCAAACAAAAAACAAAAACGAAUGAAAAUGUGCUUCAUUUGGCUGCGAAAGAGGGGAAACUUAUUAUGUGCAAAUGGCUAGUGGAAGAAAUAGGACUAGAGGUUGCAAACGUGGAUGAAAAUGGAUGGAACGCUAUGCACUGCGCUGCUUCUAAUCGUAACGAUAAACUUGAGCUCGUGGAAUAUUUGCAUGGUUUGAAGGCAGACUUGGUCAAACAAAAAACUAAAGCGAAUAGAACUGUCCUCCAUUUGGCCGCGAAAGCAGGUAAAAUUAUAACGUGCAGAUGGCUGGUGGAACUAAUAGGACCAGAGGUGGACGCCGUGGACGACGAUGGAUGCAACGCUAUGCAUUGCGCUGCUUCUAAUGAUAACCUUGAACUCUUGAAAUAUUUGCAUGGCCUUAAUGCAGAUUUGGUCAAACAAAAAACAAAAUCAAAUAAAACCGUGCUGCAUUUUGCCGUGGCUACAGGACACCUUUAUACGUGUAAAUGGCUAGUGGAUGCUAUAGGACUGGAGGUGGAUGCUGUGGACAACAUUGGAUGGAACGCUAUGCAUUUUGCUGCAUCUCAUUAUAACAUUGAACUUGACCUUUUUGAAUAUUUGCACGAAAAAAAUCUUCAAUUGAUCGAGAAGAGGACCGAAAGAAGCGAAACUUUGCUGCACAUUGUCACCAAAAAUAAAGAAGGGAAAGUUGAAAUUUACAAUUGGUUGGUCAGAAAAGGCAUUGAUGCGUCGGUGCAAGAUUCAGAUGGAAAAACAGCUUUGCAAGCGGCUCAUCCACGUUUUCUUGGAAAGAUUUCUGAGUAUAAAAAUAGCGUUUAAAAUUUAGGAGAAGAAAACCUUUUCUACUUUUAUAUUAGGGCUUAGGGUGUGAAAUCGAAUACAGUUUAAUACUAAAUAAAUUUUUUUACAUUUUA